CAAAGCAAACAAAAAAAAAACAUUGGCGACGAAGCAAACAAUGAACUAGUUACACUACAAUGGCGACGAAGCAUGCACACGCACUAUUAUUAGGAAUUAGAAACAAUGAAUGGUUAAAAACAUUGUUAUCAUCAUGCAAAACCGUUCAACAAGCCUUUCAAAUCCAUGCCCACAUAGUAGUAAGUGGUCACCACCAAAAUAUCUUCCUCUUCACCAAACUCUUCUCUUUUUAUGCAUCUUCUUCACAAACAUUGCGUCAUUCUCACAUUCUCUUCUCUCAAAUCACAAACCCUGAUGUGUUCCUAUGGAAUGCUAUCAUCAAAGCUUACUCUCUCACAAUUCAAUCUCCACCUCAACACCCUUUUUCUCUCUUUAAGUCUAUGUUAUCUUCUUCUUCAUCACCUGAUACAUUUACAUUCCCUUUCCUUCUUAAAUCGUGUGCUAAUUCGUCCAUAAGUGGUCCGAAACUUGGUCUUCAAGUUCAUUGCCAUGUUGCCAAAAAUGGGGUUGAGUCCGAUGUUUUUGUUAACAACGCUCUUUUGAAGUAUUAUUGUGUUUUUGGGGAUGCCCAUGAUGCGUACAAGCUGUUUGAAGAAAGUCCGGUUAGAGAUUGUGUUUCCUUUAAUACGAUGAUUAAUGGGUUUGUGCGUGCGGGUUUUGUAAGUUGUUGUUUCCGUGUUUUUGGGGAGAUGAGAGGGUUUUGUAUUCAGCCUGAUGAGUACACUUUUGUUGCGUUGUUGUCGGCUUGUUCGUUGUUGGAGGAUUUAAGGAUUGGGAGGCAAGUUCAUGGGUUGGUUUAUAGGGAAUUGGGUUGUUUUGGUGACAAUGUUUUGCUGGUGAAUGCACUUGUUAAUAUGUAUGCAAAAUGUGGAUGCUUGGUGAUGGCUGAAAGGGUUGCGAGUGGAGUGAGAAUUGGGAAGAGUGUUGUUGCUGCUUGGACUUCUUUGGUGAGCGCGUAUGCUUUACGUGGAGAAGUUGAGGUUGCUAGAAGAUUGUUUGAUCAAAUGGGUGAAAGAGAUGUGGUUUCUUGGACUGCUAUGAUUAGUGGUUACUCUCAUGCUGGUUGUUUCCAAGAAGCAUUGGAACUGUUUGUGCAAUUGGAAGGUUUGGGGAUGAAACCGGACGAGGUUGCUGUGGUUAAUGCUCUUUCCGCGUGUGCGCGGCUAGGCGCCCUUGAGUUGGGAAGAAGGAUUCACCAGCAAUAUGCUGGUGAGAAUUGGACCUGUGGUCCAAAUGGAGGAUUCACAUGUGCUGUUGUUGAUAUGUAUGCUAAAUGUGGAAGCGUUGAUGCUGCUUUGGAUGUGUUCUGUAAAACAAGUGAUGAUGUGAAAACAACUUUUCUGUAUAAUUCCCUUAUCUCUGGUCUUGCUCAUCAUGGUCUUGGUGAAUAUGCUAUAACUUUAUUUGAAGAAAUGAAGUUAUUAGGAUUAAAACCAGAUAAAGUCACAUUUGUAGCAAUUUUAAGUGCUUGUGGACAUUGUGGUUUGGUUGAUGUUGGCAAGAAGCUGUUUGAAUCAAUGUCAACUGUCUAUCGUGUUAAACCUGAAAUGGAGCAUUAUGGUUGUAUGGUAGACCUUCUCGGAAGGGCUGGUCGUCUAGACGAAGCGCAUCGUUUAAUUCUAAAGAUGCCGUUUACGGCCAAUGCUGUCAUUUGGAGAGCACUUUUAAGUGCUUGUAAAGUACAUGGAGAUAUUGCAUUGGCUAGAGUUGCAAGCCAUGAGCUUCUUGAGAUGGAACAUGAUCACGGCGCGCGUUAUGUGAUGCUGUCAAACAUGCUAGCUGAUAUGGAUCAACACGAUGAAGCUCAUAUCUUGAGAAAAGCAAUAGACAAUGUUGGUAUACAGAAGCCAGCUGGUUGGAGCUAUGUGGAAAUGAAUGGAACUCUUCAUAAGUUUGUGGCAGGUAAUAUGUCUCACCCAGAAGCCAAAACCACUGAGCUAAUGCUUAGGGACAUAAAUAUAGGACUGAAAUAUAUUGGCAAUGUUAGUGCAUAAAAAAUGGUGUUUCAUAUAUGGAUUAAUUGGAGAAAUUUUUUGGUUGGGAACUUCUUGAUAUGAAGAAAUUGGUCUAUUGUUUGCUUGUUGAAUAAAAUUAAAUUUUGAUCAA